CGUGGUUACGUGACACGGUUUUAGCGCUCGGUUUCUGGACUGUGAGGUUUAAAAAAUUAUGCUUGAAAUGCCAACAUUAUUUUCUUUAUCGAUUGAGGAUCGCCAACGGACGCCCCGCGGCCAUUUGGAAAUACUUUUUUGUCGACGGAGCAGAAAGAAUUCUCGACUGAAAAUUCCAGCGCUCGGGUUAAACGUCACGUGACCAACCCGCAACUGGCUGCUUGGUAAAGAUGGCGGAAGGUGGUUAGAAAACAGGAGCGAAGAGGGUAAUAUCCCGGUUAAGGCAGCGAUUAACGGAACGCCCGUUCACUGAUAUGUGAGUGUUGUUACCAGGCACAAAUGUCUGAAAAUGGUUGAGGAUUUCCCGAGGAUCACAGUAAAAAUGAUGGAUCCUGGACAGGAUUUGCUCCUAGCAGCCCUGAGCGAGAGCGGCAUCUGCCCUAACGACCUGUUUGACUUUGACCCUCAGGAUGCUGCAAUGCCCUCUCCCACCCAACAGUCCAUCUCCAUCAGUGCCCUGGGUCUUGACUCAGGGAUGGAGCCAACGGGAGUCACAGCUCCACCCAAUCCUACAGGCACAAUCAGGCACAAACCUCAACCCUCAACCACCACAUUUGUCUUAAAUCAACUGAAUCAGUUGCCAUCGCUGGGAACAAUCGUUGUGACUAAGCCCUCAACUGGAGGCACGGCCAGACAUACCAUCACAGUCACCAAGGUAGUCCAUACCACCCCCUCAGCCCUGCGGGGGUCCACUUCCACACUCACCUCCUCCACGGCUCUCCCCUCCGCAGUCUCCACAGUGGUUUCUUCCAGUCUAGAGCAGAUCCAGCUGAAGGACCUGUUGAGGACAGGCAGUCUGAAGGGCAGCACCAUGAAGGGUAGUAGUCUGGUGGAACUCAUGAGGCUCAAGCCGCCUCACGACAUCGCCCAGCCGGUCGCCACAGCAAUAGCCACAGGCGCCAAGAUAAUACUGGUCUCGACAAAGAUGAUGCAUAAAUCAGCGGAACUGAACAACGGGAUAAAAGAGGUGUCGGGUAAAGACUCCGCUCGGGUCUGGGUGAACGACGACGUGAAAGUGCGGAGCUUCUCACCUACACUAAAACUCCCAGGAAUGGAGGAGGAGGCUGAGGAAGAGGAGGAUGAAGAGUUGGGUCAUGCUGAGACAUACGCUGAGUACAUGCCCAUGAAAUUGCGGAUCGGGCUGCGUCACCCAGACCCGGUUGUGGAGACAAGCUCCCUGUCCAGUGUGAAUCCUCCCAACGUGUGGUACAGAAUGUCCAUACCGGAGGAGACCAUCGACCGUGGCUGGCUGUCUGCUCUGCAGCUGGAGGCCAUCACAUACGCUGCCCAGCAACAUGAAACAUUCCUCCCUAACGGCGACCGAGCGUCCUAUCUGAUAGGAGACGGGGCCGGAGUGGGGAAGGGCCGGACCAUCGCUGGGAUAAUCUACGAGAACUACCUCCUGGGCAGAAAGAGAUCACUCUGGUUCAGUGUUUCUAAUGACCUGAAGUAUGAUGCAGAGAGGGAUCUGAAAGACAUAGGAGCCAAGAACAUUCCAGUCUAUUCCCUCAACAAGUUUAAGUAUGGUAAGAUCUCGUCCAAACACAACGGCAGUGUGAAGAAGGGGGUGAUCUUCGCUACGUACUCCUCUCUGAUAGGAGAGAGCCAGUCUGGAGGGAAGUACAAGACCCGCUUCAAACAGCUGCUCCACUGGUGUGGACAGGUCUUCGACGGAGUCAUUGUGUAUGACGAGUGUCACAAAGCAAAAAAUGUCUGUCCCAUCGGCUCGUCCAAACCCACCAAGACUGGACUGGCUGUCCUGGAGCUGCAAAACAAACUGCCCAAGGCGCGGGUGGUGUACGCUAGCGCCACUGGUGCGUCUGAGCCCCGUAACAUGGCCUACAUGAGCCGGCUGGGCAUAUGGGGGGAGGGGACCCCCUUCAGAGAGUUUAGCAACUUCAUUCAGGCUGUGGAGCGCCGAGGUGUGGGUGCUAUGGAGAUAGUUGCCAUGGAUAUGAAGCUGAGGGGGAUGUACAUCGCCAGGCAGCUGAGCUUCACGGGUGUCACGUUCAAGAUUGAGCAGGUUCCUUUGACAACCCACUACAUCAAGAUGUACAACAAGUCUGUACACCUGUGGGUGGCUGCGCGGGAGAAGUUCCAGGCGGCUGCUAACCUGAUGGAUGCAGAGCAGCGGAUGAAGAAGUCCAUGUGGGGUCAGUUCUGGUCGGCCCACCAGAGGUUCUUCAAGUACCUCUGCAUUGCGUCCAAGGUCCGCAGAGUGGUGCAGCUCGCCAGGGAGGAGGUCAAAAACGGAAAGUGUGUUGUGAUUGGUCUCCAGUCGACAGGAGAGGCCAGAACACUGGAGGCCCUGGAGGAAGGAGGAGGAGAGCUCAACGACUUUGUCUCCACCGCCAAAGGUGUGCUCCAGUCCCUGGUAGAGAAGCACUUCCCAGCUCCAGACAGAGAAAAGCUGUUCAGCCUGCUGGGCAUUGACCUGCCGGCCAUGAAGAUCCCCUUCCCCAGCGAGGCUGCAGCAGAGCAGAAGGGAAAGAAGAGGAAAGGUGCCAACAUAAAGAAGGCAGAGAAGAGGAAGAGAAAAUCAGGUGGUCUGUCGGGGAACAGCUCUGAUGACAGCAAAUCAGAAGAGUCUCAUAAGGACGAUGCGGAGAGUGACGACAGCUUCAAGUCGGUCAGCUCGGGAGAAGAUGACGAAGACGACUUCAAUCCCUUCAAGGAUGAUUCCAGCGAGGAUGAGGAGGAUGACCCCUGGCUGUCUGGAAAGAGGAAAGGGGUGAAGAAAUGCAAGGAGAAGAAGAAGAAGAAGAGCAUUGACCCAGACUCUAUCCACAGUGCCUUGUUAGCUUCUGGUCUGGGCUCCAUCAGGCCUGCUUUCACCACCCCCCCAGUCAAGACCUCCAGCACACCUGCCAUAGCCAAGGUAGAGGUAGAUGACAGCUGUAUGACCAGUCAGGAUGCUGUGGAAGAUGCUCAGCAGAUGAAGAGAGAUCUGUUGGACCAGCUAGAUAAGCUGGCUCAGGAUCUACCUCCCAACACUCUGGAUGAACUCAUAGAUGAGCUGGGAGGACCUGACAACGUGGCUGAGAUGACUGGGCGUAAAGGCCGGGUGGUCAGUAACGACGAUGGCAGCAUCUCCUACGAGUCUCGGUCUGAGCUGGAUGUUCCUGUGGAAAUCCUCAACCUCACAGAGAAACAGAGGUUCAUGGACGGAGAGAAGAACAUAGCCAUCAUCUCGGAAGCAGCCAGCUCGGGCAUCUCCCUGCAGGCUGACCGGCGAGUAAAGAACCAGAGGAGGAGGGUCCACAUGACCCUGGAGCUGCCCUGGAGUGCAGACAGAGCCAUACAGCAGUUUGGGAGGACCCAUAGGUCUAACCAGGUGACUGCUCCUGAGUAUGUGUUCCUCAUCUCUGAGCUGGCUGGGGAACAGAGGUUUGCCUCCAUUGUGGCCAAGAGACUGGAGAGCCUGGGUGCCCUCACCCAUGGAGACAGAAGAGCAACAGAGACGAGAGAUCUCAGCAGGUUCAACUUCGACAACAAAUAUGGCAGAAAUGCUCUGGAGAUUGUGAUGAAAUCCAUCGUUAACCUGGACUUUCCGUUAGUGAAUCCUCCAUCGAACUUCGAAGGGGAUUUCUACAAAGAGAUCCUUCAUGGGUUGAUCGGAGUGGGUCUGAUCCAUGUGGAGGACAGAUCAGGGAUCCUGUCUCUGGACAAAGACUACAACAACAUAGGGAAGUUCCUGAACCGUAUCCUGGGGAUGGCGGUGCAGGAGCAGAACGCUCUGUUCCAGUACUUUUCUGACACGCUGGCAGCCGUCAUACAGAAUGCCAAGAAGAAUGGACGCUACGACAUGGGCAUUCUGGACCUAGGUUCUGGGGAUGAGAAGGUGAAGAAGAUGGAAGCCAAAAAGUUCCUGACUCCAGGCUACUCCACCUCCGGACAUGUGGAGCUCUACACGGUGAGUGUGGAGAGAGGCAUGUCCUGGGAGGAUGCUACCCAUGCCUGGGCUGAGCAGAGUGGACCCGAUGAUGGCUUCUAUGUACAGAUAAGGAACAACAAGAAGACUGCUAUCUUGGUGAAGGAGGUGAACAGUAAGAAGAGGCUGUUCCUGGUCUACAGACCCAACACAGGCAAACAGCUGAAACUGGAGGCCUACGCUGACAUCAAGAAGAAGUGUAAAAAGGUGCUGUCAGAUGAUGCCAAGCAGCACUGGAUGGACCAGUACCAGUCUUCAGCUGAGAUCUGCUCUCAUGCUUACUGGCGUGGUAACUGUAAGAAGGUGUCGGUGGGUCUGCAGUGUGAGGUGGGUCUGCGCUGCAGGACGUACUAUGUGCUGUGUGGAUCUGUGCUCAGUGUGUGGACCAAGGUGGAGGGAGUCCUGGCCUCCGUCAGCGGAACCAACAUCAAGAUGCAGAUCGUCCGUCUCAGGACGGAGGACGGGCAGAGGAUUGUGGGCCUGAUCAUUCCAAUUAACUGCGUCUCUCCUCUGACCAACAUCCUGUCGUCGUCUGACCAGUCUCAGCAACUGGCCGUUCAGCAGCAACAGAAGUGGCAGCAGCUGCACCCUCAGAGCCUCAGCCACAUGCAUAACAUGGGUUCACCACCCAGUCUGACCUGAUGGGCUUCGACACCCAUUUUCUCCUCCACACCCUGGGUUCUCGACCCAACCUGAUGGGAUACGACAACAUUUCCAUCUGAAUCUCUACCGUGACACUACCCACCACCUCUUCUCCUCCCUCUCCGUUCCUCCUAAGGUGCUGAGUUGUGGUUUUUCCUGAAGCUAUACCACGGUGGCAAAGUUAAGAUUUCAGGGUUUAUGUCCAAAGAGGCUGCGGUGAUGAAGAGUAGAGGACGCAUGGAGAAGUGGCAUUAUUAAAAAUGCCAGAGACUGUUUUUCCUGUUGCACCCCUCUCCCUCCUCUCAGCUCUAUGUAAACGAUGGGGUGUGCCUUCUCUACUGAAGGAUGGGGGAUGGCACCCAGGUUUUUGUUUUCUACAGGUGACUGGACAGUGCUCAGGUGUUCGUUAAGCUACACAGUGAUUAUUAUUAUUUUUUUAAACAGGUGUUUUACAAAAUGUCUACCUGAGAUGCAUGACCACACACCAACUGCUUGCUUUCUUCAUUUUAGAUUUUACUCUAUCACGACUCAAGUCUCAGGCAUGAUGACGACAACUCUCACCAUAACUACAUUUAAAAUGGCACCCUAUUCCAUAGGUAGUGCACUACUUUUGUUCACCAUUGAGAGUAGGGUGCAAUUUCUGAAACAAUCCUUGUUUCUAUCAAACAUUGGUGUAUCCUUUCUACCUACAGAAUUGUUUACAGCUUGACUAUCAAGAAUUGUGAUUGCAUGGUUUAAAAUAACUUCAUUUUCCUGCAUUUUAUUCCUCUGCAUUCAAAAGAUGUUCAGAACGGGUUGUUUGAUAUGUGGCAUCAGAUUCGAUAUCUUGUACUAUCAAACUACAGCAGAUACACUCCUGGAGUGUUAUUAUACAACUGCACGUGAACUGACAGAUCUUGUUUGUCAAUACAAGCUGUCUAAUAACACUACAUUAAAAGCUAGUAUUCAAGAUAGUUUGUUGUUGAAUUGAAAACGGAUCCCUUUUACCUCAUGUAGGUGUGUGUAAAUCUAAAAGGAUUGGAUCUGUGGUAAAGAUUGCACUUUGGAGGCAAAGGUGGUAUCAAUUAGCAUAUUCACUGGUAUCUAUCUGAUCCUUUAGGUCACAUGUCAAUCUCUUUGCACAGGGGGCCGAGUGGGUGUUUCUCUCCCUUGUACUUGAUUGAUUAAUUAAGGUCACUAAUUAGUAAGUACACUCCCUUACCUGGUUGUCUGUCUUAAUUAAAGGAAAAACCAGCAGACAUUACUGCCCUAGGCCCUCCAUGGAAUGAGUUUGACACUACUGCCCUAGGCCCUCCAUGGAAUGAGUAUGACACUACUGCCCUAGGCACUUCAUGGAAUGAGUUUGACACUACUGCCCUAGGCCCUUCAUGGAAUGAGUUUGACACUACUGUCCUAGGCACUUCAUGGAUAUCUAAAACAGGUGUUUCAAACUCAUUCCAUGGAGGUCCUUGUAGUGUCUGCUGGUUUUUCCUUUUAAUUAAGACUUAGACAACCAGGAGAGGGGAGUUUCUUACUAAUUAGUGACCUUAAUUCAUCAAGUACAAGGGAGGAGCAAAAACACGCAGACACUCGACCCUCCGUGGAAUGAGUUUGUCGUGUGACUCAGGAUUCUUGGGAUUGGGCACUUGUUCCCUGACUGAUUCUGAACUGGAAUCUAACCUCGAAUCUCUACCAGUCAGCAACAUUGCUGCUUGAUCUCUGGUACAUUUUUAAAUCUGUUUUGUCACUUGAGACAGGAUGUACAGGGGCGGAAGACUUUCUAAAAAUAUAUUUUUUAAAUGAAGUGAUGUAAAAAGCCUGAGUUUAGGAUGCUACUUUGCUAUACCAAUGUGUAUAGUGUCGUUUGGACAUAAGAAAAGUUUUUUGCUUAAAUAGCCGUUAACACUUGAAGGAUGGUGUAAUUUCAUCUUUGCACAAGUUGCACUACUGACAUGUUCUACAACAUCUGUAUUAAAUGAUUUAACUGAGUGCAAGAUUUCUACCUCUUAAUGACUAAUAAAUACCAAGGAUAAAGUUAAA